GAAACGUCACGACGACGUUACGUAAUAGGAAAAAGUGAACAGCUGAACCGAAGCACAGUGAAAUCUGUAGAUUAUUAUUGGCGCUCACGCCGCUUGUGUGCCUUUUUAUAAAUAGACUGUGUCACGUCCAAGCUGCUCAGCACAAAUACAAUUCUCUGACGCGCUGCUGGUUUUCAAUGUUCUGUAAACGGACGCAGUUCGCAGCCGCGGCUACAUGAUGCUAUGCUAGCUUAGCGAGCUAACCGGCUGUCAGAGGUAGGUGUGUGUGGGCGAGAGGGGCUACCUGGCCGCCGGAGAUAAGGUGCGUCGCCGCGAACGAUCUGCGGAACAGAUGAUUGCGCAGCAAAAUAAGACGGGCAGCAGACGCCUUGAAGCCCCACGGUGAAGAACGCCAACAAACGUUAGCAUCACGCGAAGCGUUUAAUAGCUGCCAGCAGUUAGCAGCAACUCCGCUCGGGUGCCUCAGCAAACAGUCCAAGGUGGUUUGGGACCGACACGAGGGAUGGCCACCAACCCCGUGGCUGGAUCGGGUUGCCAGGCUAACGGGGGACCCACGCCGGCGGUGGGUAGCUCGGGACCCUCGCGUCGCCAUCGAUCCGAGUCGGAGAGCGACGCCGGCCCGAACGUGAAAAGCUUAGCGCGGCUGUGCAGCAGGGACGCGGAGGAGCGGGCGGCCGCUCUCGAGGAGCUGAGCCAGGAGGUUCUGGCGUGUUUGGGACCGAAGCGACCCGGCUCGGCUCGGCUGAGCAAGCAAACCCUGCUCCAGCUGCUGCGGCUGUCCCGGUCGUGUCCGCUGCAGGAGGUCCGGGGGAGAGCCGCCGAGCUGCUGCGGAGCGCGGAGGAACAAGGAGUUGAAGUACCUCGUGCCCUGGCCUUGGGUCCAAGUGCCUUUAUUCCAGCAAAACAGAUUUUGAAAGAAGUGUCACACCAGGACAUCCUGCUUGAGUCUUUUCUUUCACUGGGCCGUGUGGAUCACAUCACCAUGGUGAUGGCACUGCACCAUGACUACCUCAGCUGCUUCCUAAAGACCCAGCAUGCUCUUUUUGAACUGGAUGGCCCCUUGCCUCGUCACUGGAGACACUACAUUGCCAUCAUGGCUGCAGCUCGACACCACUGCUCGUAUCUGGUGCAGCAGCACAGUGUUGGAUUCUUGGAGGCUGGAGGCGAGGAGAGCUGGCUGAGCAGCUUGGAGCGUGCUCCCACUAAACUCCGCAGCCUGCAAACACUAAACAAACUGCUGGCACACAGGCCGUGGCUCAUCGCGCAGCAGCACAUCCAGGAGCUGGUGUGUCCUGGUGCAGAGCCCCGCUGGUCAUUGGCUGAACUCAUUCAUGCUGUGAUCAUCAUGGCUCAUGCACAUUCACUGUGCUCCUUUGUGUGGGGCUGUGGCAUAAACCCUGAACCCGACCACAUUGGGGGCUACACCUUCCGGCCGUCUUCGCCCGCUGAUGUGACUCAUAGCCCCCAUAGCCCUGCACACGAGGAGGGCAGAUCCGAGUUUUCUGAUGGGGCCAUGGAGGUGGAAGCGUUAAUGAAGAGGAUGGUGGAGCUGCAGCAGCAGCAGGAGGACGAAGAGUGCACACAGGAGGAGAUGGUUACUCGUUUUGAGAGGGAGAGGAGCGAGAGCAUACCAACAGCGGUCGUGCGAGGAGCUCCACCCGACCUGGUGCUGUGCCUGGUGGAGGAUCCAGAGUUCAGAUACGAAGACUUUGCACCAAGAGGGGAGCAGGCGCCUCCCACCAUGAGGGCACAGGACUAUUCAUGGGAAGAUCAUGGCUUCUCACUGGUCAACAGACUGCUGCCAGACAUGGGCCAGCUGCUGGAUGAAAAGUUCCAGGUUGUGAGUGACUUGACCUAUCACAGGAUCGCCAUGCAUGAAGGUGUGGAUACCCACACUCUGAGGAAAGCUCUGUGGAACUACAUCCACUGCCUGUACGGGAUACGAUAUGAUGAUUACGACUACGGCAGCGUCAACGUGCUGCUGGAGCGCUCUCUGAAGGUGUUCGUUAAGACCAUGGCCUGUCACCCGGAGCAGACCGUGGUGCGUGUUUACAACGCCUUCUGGAGGCACUUCAGACACUCUGAAAAGGUCCAUGCAAACCUGAUAGUGAUGGAAGCCCGGCUACAGGCAGCGCUCCUUUACACCUUGCGAGCCAUCACGCACUACAUGAGAUGACGCACUCACCGCCUGCUUUUGCCGAUGCUGAGCCAGCUGUGACUACACUACAGCCCGUUGCAUAACACAUCUACACUCGCGCACACAGACACACAAUCACUACAGUAAAUGUCUGUAUUUGAAUUUCCUGUAUUUCAGUGUUAAUGUUUCGAUGCUGCUUCGCGACUGGGAUAUCUGGUGUUGUCUUAUUUAAUUUGCACUGAAAUGCAUCAAGGUUUGUUUUCCCAGAACAACACUUGACAGUCAAGUCCAGUGUCUCUCUGAAUGUCUUGCACAUCUUUCGGUGUCACACAGUCAUAUCAACAUGCUACAUGCCAGGUGGAAUAACCAAACAACCAUCAUCGUGAUUCAAGUGUUUUCUUUUUCACAUCCUAAAGUUUGUUCCAUUUGUCCGAUAUGCAUUAAUCACAGUUCAGCACUACUCCUGCCUCAGUCCUCUCUGUUUGUGAAGUACAGACCAGACAAACCCAGACUAAAUUACUUGUAUUUUUUAUAAAAAAAAACAAAUAAAUAGUUGCUUUGUUAUGAAAAUUAA